AUUGUCGGAGCAUGCGCAGAACGCCCUCUGCGGAUAACUAGCUCAUCUCAAAACGUCUGUAUAAAUAUACAAAGUGCCAUGGCUGACGCUGCGAUAUCGUUUGUAAAAGACUUCCUUGCGGGCGGAGUUGCGGCUGCCAUUUCUAAAACAGCCGUUGCUCCGAUCGAGAGAGUGAAACUGCUUCUGCAGGUCCAACAUGCCAGCAAGCAAAUCAGCGCUGACAAACAGUAUAAAGGAAUUAUCGACUGUGUUGUGAGGAUUCCCAAAGAGCAAGGCUUUGUCUCCUUCUGGCGUGGCAAUCUAGCGAAUGUCAUCCGUUAUUUCCCCACCCAAGCCCUCAACUUUGCCUUUAAGGACAAGUAUAAACAGAUCUUCUUGGGUGGUGUUGACAAGCACACUCAAUUCUGGCGUUAUUUUGCUGGAAACCUGGCAUCUGGUGGCGCAGCAGGAGCCACAUCACUUUGUUUCGUCUAUCCCCUCGACUUUGCCCGUACCCGUUUAGCAGCUGAUGUGGGAAAAGCCACCGCCACCAGAGAAUUCAAUGGCCUUGGUGACUGCCUGACUAAGAUCUUCAGGUCUGAUGGAUUGCGAGGCUUGUAUCAGGGCUUUAAUGUGUCUGUGCAAGGCAUCAUCAUCUACAGGGCAGCUUACUUUGGAAUCUAUGACACAGCCAAAGGUAUGCUUCCUGAUCCGAAGAACACCCACAUCGUGGUUAGCUGGAUGAUUGCACAGAGUGUCACAGCAGUGGCUGGUGUGGUCUCUUAUCCUUUUGACACCGUGAGGCGCCGCAUGAUGAUGCAGUCUGGACGCAAAGCAGCUGACAUUAUGUACUCUGGGACAAUAGACUGCUGGAGGAAGAUUGCACGUGAUGAGGGUGGCAAAGCAUUCUUCAAAGGAGCUUUGUCUAAUGUUUUCAGAGGCAUGGGAGGUGCCUUUGUGCUUGUGCUGUAUGAUGAAUUUAAGAAAUUUGUUUAAUCUUACUGUCAAGCAAGUAGUAAGAAAAAAAAAUCAUAUAAUAGAUUUAAUUGCUGAAGUUUAUCACACUUUCCCAAAACAUUCUCUCUGCAGUGUGUAGCUAGCUAACUAGGUAAAAGGCCAGCAUUAAUCCUUUAUAUUAUUUAACCUGUGUAACAUCUGUCUAAAUAAUGUGAAUACAUAGUACAAAUAUAAAUUGUAAUUUAUUUUUGUUGCACAUCUUUAACAAAGUCAUUUUGGGAAUGUUAUUUGCAUAAACACUUGAUCAUGAGUCAUAGCUAUAGCUAGUUAUCAUCUAGUAGGUUUGGACAGUAUUUGCAAAUAGAUAAGACUCAUGUGUAAUGGCUAGUAUGUAGUAAUGGUUUAUAUUUACUCAAAAAAUAUUGAGAAGAAUUGCAAUAUUGCUGCUUAAGUUCUCUAGCAGCAAAAAAAUGUAAAAGGAAUCAAAUUUGACUGUGAGUUUUUGUCCAAAGUUGGAUAUGACCAAAUGUUAGGCUGCGUCAGAGAUAUAUUCAACAUGAUGGUUUAAUUGCCUUAUUUGUGAAUUGGACAAAGAUCAGCACAAUAAAUAUCUCUGACAAUGUUAUUACAGUACAGUGCCAAAAUAAUGGCCUUCAUAUUCAGAACCUGGGUGACAUGAAAAGUCAACGUUGUUUUUGUGGAACAUAGCUAGUAAUAAUUUCUUUAUCAAGCAAUACGGAAGUCAUAUUUUUAAGGUGAUUUUUUGUCAGUAUGUCAAGUUAUGUCAGACUGAUCUUGAUUAAUUGGAUCCCAUUUUCAGGAAAGUCAUGUACAGGUGAAAAGGACAGCGCUUUGUUUUCACUAAGGGCACUGCAAAGAGAAAUCACCCAUCAUGUGAAAUAUGUCGUAAUCAGAUACUGUAAACAGAUACAGUCCACAUUGACAAACAUUAUUCUCGAUUAAACAGCAGGAAUACUUGCAAACACAAUAAAAUUAAAUACCUCAUGCUAAAA